AUGCCUAGAGAACAGCAAGAUCCAACACAAAAUCCUAACUCUGCUUACUAUUUGAGUAACAGUGAUUUAAAUGCCACAAUGUUAGUCAGUUUUGAGUUCGAAGGAGAAGGAAAAAGUUCCAGUGAUUGGAGAAGAUCAAUGAUGAUAUCAUUUUCAGCUAGAAACAAGUUGUGCUUUGUUGAUGGCAGUUUAAAUCAACCGGCAGCAAAUUCUGCAAACUACAGAAUCUGGAUCAGGUGCAAUGACUUAGUCAUUUCUUGGAUGUUAGCCUCCUUGGAACCUAAAAUAGCAAGAAGUGUUCUAUAUCUCAAGACAACAAGAGCAAUAUGGCUCGAGUUAGAAGACAGAUACUGCAGAGAAUCAGGACCUCAACUCUUUUCUGUACAACAUCAACUCAGUGAACUAACUCAAGGUGAUGAUGAACUAGUUGCUAGUUUUUUCACUAAAAUUAAAAUGUUAUGGGAUCAGCUUGACGGUUUAGAACCACUACAUGUAUGUGUAUGCACUGGCUGUAGUUGCACACUCACACAACAACUACUCAAAACACAGAAGAACCAAAGACUAAUCCAGUUUCUUAUGAAACUAAACCAGAAAUAUGAAUAUCCUAAGAGUAAUAUACUCAUGAUGAAUCCCUUGCCUACAAUCUCAAAAGCUUAUGGUUUGUUACUUCAGGAAGAACAACAGAAAGAAGUGAAUAAUCAUAGAGUUCAGACACACUCAGAAUCUAGUGCAUUCAGUGCUAGGAGAUUUGACAACAAACCUUAUAGGAAUCAGUUUAAUUCUGGUUCUAGUUCUCAGUAUACAGGAACUGGAAAUCAAUUCAGAAAUUCCAAUGAUCACACUCCAGAAACAAUUUGUUUUGUGAACACUGCAAGAUGA